GCGUGGCCUCCUGCUCCGGGGGGCGUUCCUAGUUCCAGUCAAGAUUAAAAGGUCGGCGCCGCCGCUCCUCGGACACAUCUGACGCACCCAAGACACCGACGCAGUCCGACGGACCUCCAAGAACCGCCCGGGCAUCAUGUACGCACGGACCAACAGCGUGACCCUCGUCCGCCACGAGCGCUUCGCCUUCUCCGGGACGGCGGCGCGCAGCACGCAGCCGGAGGUCUUCACCUUCGAGCACGUCCCGCCGCACGCCACCGCCGUCAGCUCCUACGUGCCCAUCCGACCCAAGAGGCGCUGCACGCGCGUCAUGUACCCCGCCAAAGUGCGCAUGCACCUGCCCCCGCCGGAGAGGAGCCGCGCCAAGCGCUGGCUGCUGCUGCUCAGCCUGGUGCUGCUGUGGCAGAUCUGCACCGAGGACCCGUGCGCCGACGCGCAGCUCAGCGGCGCCGACGACGGCUUCAAGGGCUUCUCCUUCCCGUCUGCGGAGGACGAGGCCGGCCCGCGGGCCGCCCUCAGCGCCGGCUCCGGGCUUCCGGCGGCUUCGCCCGCUCACGGCGGCGACGGACGCUCGUCCAGCGAGCGGCUCGUGCGCAACUCCACGCGCUCCGAGCCGCGCCGGGACGCGGAGAGCGGCCGCUCCUUCGAGCAGAGCGCCAGCAACGGCUACGUGGUGGCUCUGCUCGUGUACCACCGGCUGGGCAGCGACAACUAGAGCCGCCGGGACUGAUGGGAAAUGGAUCCGCCCGAGUCCGGGCUCCUGGGAUCGAAUCACACCGAGCUGGAGUUGAUCCUGAGAAGCUUGUGGAGAGCAGCGGUGCGCCCCGAGCGGCGCAGCCGCGGAGGGAGCUCCAUGCGCCGGCGUCGUCCCGCCUCUGAGUCUGGAGUGGGACGGAGCGAACACUACCAGAACCGAGGUGAAACUUGAAGCCAAGGACACUUGGACUGUUUAGAGUCAAGCUGCACUCUACGGGACGUUUUAGCCUCGUUCUGACAUCGUGCGCUGCUGCUGCUGCUGCUGCUGUUGUUGUUGUUGUUGUUGUUCAAAUGCCUUAUUUAGCUAUUUAUUGUCUUAUUUGCUAUUUAUUUAAUAAUAAUUUUAAUUAAAAAAGUCCAAUGGAA